AAUUACUUUAAAAAUAGUUUUGAUCGCUAAAAAUUAUUAAAUAAACUCAUUAGAACAAGGUUUUAGCCCACACGCAUGACCGGCAUGAAAUUUGACAGUUCUUUGCCGAGCUGCAGCAAACGACAAUAGCGAAAACGACCAUAAAAACGGCCGCGAAACAAAAUUUUCGCCGAAACGAUAUAAAAGUUAUUUGGCCGGCAGUGAAAGGCUCAGUUUUACAUGAGCAGCGCAGGGCAGAGCAACGCGCGAGGACGAGCAGCAGCUGCAGUUGGCAAAAGAAGGAGUCUAAGGCAGCGACAAAAACAUUGUUGGCGUGACUGCGGCGCAUUAAAUCAACGUGUGAAACACAAACCGGAAGUGCAUCGCCGCCGCCACAACCGACCCUGACCCUGUCUGGCCCACACCAGGCGCAACUGGUGGUCGCAAUGGAUGUCGAUGUCUAUGCCUGGGGCGCCAAUUCUCACGGUCAGCUUGGCCUUGGCUACGAGUCGGAGCUGUGCAUGGUACCGCAGCGGCUAUCCAAAUGCUCAUUUCAGCCGCAGCUAGUGCGCUGCAUACGCGGCGGUGGUGGUCAUGUGUUAAUCCUGGACAGAAAUGGGCGGGUGCACUCCUGCGGCUGGAACAAUCGUGGCCAGCUGGGCCUCGACUCAACAGAGGAAUGCCACAAUGAGUUUGCCAUGGUACCCACAGAAUACUUUGAGGAAGUACCCGUGGAGUCCAUCAGCUGCGGCUGGGAUAUUUCAGGCGCCAUUACGCUGACCAAGCGCCUGUUUGUCUGGGGCUCCAAUGCGUUUCAGCAGCUCGGGAUUUGUCAGCGAGGAUUUACGUCAGUGCGUCGCCCUAUGCCUGUGCGUCUACCACGAGAUGAGGCGGCGCAGCGCUUGAGCUUUGGUCUGCGCUUCUGCGCGGUGCUCUCACAGGAUAGAAAAAUCUAUAUAUUCGGCCGUUUGCGCAUUAUGGAUCCCGCGCCCAUCGAACUGGACAUUACUUCAACCACGUUGCAUCGCUGCAACGUGAUGAAAAUACAAGCGCACAAUCCCAAUGAGCUGCGCAUUGUCACACUGGUCAGUGGACAGAAUCACAUGCUGCUGAAGUGCGUGAAUAUGGAAGCGGGCGACAGCAGGCGCAUUGUGGCACUAGGCGACAACAAGUACUGCCAGGCGAAUGCCUUUCAGUUCGAGGAGGAUGUGGGACAGCUCGCCGUUGGCUGGACCCACAAUGCGGCUCUGCUGAAAACCAACGACGUUUUGCUCUGGGGGCGUAAUUGCUAUGGCCAACUGGGCAUCGGCCAAUUUAGUGAGCAGCAGGCAACGCCAACCCCGUUGAAGCUGCAACUGGAGGAGGGAAGAACGCCGGCACGCCUUCACAUGGGCGCCGAGCACGGAUUGCUGCGCACCACAGCUGGCGAGAUCUAUACCUGGGGCUGGAAUGAGCAUGGCAAUUGCGGCAACAAUGCCACAGAGAAUUUAUGUGUUCCAACAUUAAUAAAGCUGCCUGGAUACGCAAAAUUGGCCGGAACUGGCGCAGGAUUCUGUUAUGCUAUAGUGGAAGCGGUUGAUGUGGAGACUGCGGCUCCACAAACGCUCUAAAAAUGGGAAAUAUUAACCCUCGCCUGACUCUGACGGCUGUUGUUUUAAAAUGUUGUUAUAAUUG